AGGCCUCUCUGCCUGCACUCUAGGCGCUGCCAGACUUCCCCACCUCCGCCGGCUCGAGAGCGCAUGAGAAGGCGGCCGCCGCCUGCUUCCUCUUUCCCGCGGGGAGGCUCCGCGGACGACGACGCCAUCAUGUCGGAGAGGCACAGCAAGCCGACGUGCCUCAUCGCGGCCAGCGCGGCCGCAGCAGGGGUAUCUGCUGAUUCCUUCCUUCACUCUUUUACCCUGGCAAGCUCUGCUUUUAAUCUACAGGUUGCUACUCCAGGGGGAAAGUCAAUAGAUUUCACUGGUGUUAAUGAGGCAAACAUGCGUUGGAUCCAGGACUUCCGAAUGAAACCUUACGCAAAUCCUGCCAAGCUGGAAUCAACUGAUGGUGCCAGAUACCAUGCUUUGUUGAUUCCAGACUGUCCUGGUGCCAUGGUGGAUCUGGCAAACAGUGGUUACUUAGCUAGAAUAUUGCAGCAUUUUAGCUCUGAAAACAAACCCAUUUGUGCUGUUGGACAUGGAGCUGCCGCCUUGUGCUGUGCCACAAAUGAGGACAAAUCCUGGGUAUUUCAGGAAUACAGCUUAACAGGUCCCUGUGUGUAUGAACUAAUAAGACUGCCUAGUUUUGCCAGUUUGCCUAUUAUCUUUGAGGACUUCGCAAAAGAUUCUGGAGCUAUCUAUAGUGCCAGCAAAGCAGAUGCAGUGCAUGUUGUAUUGGACAGACACCUUGUCACUGGACAGAAUGAAAAUUCUACAGUUGCAGCUGUCCAGAACCUUGUUUUUCUUUGCAAUGGCAGCAGAAAAUGAUGGUGUAAAUGGGAUGAAUACAGAAGAAGUCUUCGACUUUGAGAAAUGGAAAGGAGAACACUGCACAU